AUGGCAGCCCCAUCUAUGAAAGAAAGGCAGGCAUGCUGGGGAGCACGCGAUGAGUAUUGGAAGUGUUUAGAUGAGCACAUGGAGGAUGCUUCUCAGUGCAAGAAGUUAAGAAGUUCAUUUGAAUCAUGCUGUCCCCAACAGUGGAUAAAAUAUUUUGAUAAAAGAAGAGACUACUUAAAAUUCAAAGAAAAAUUUGAAGCAGGACAGUUCCAGCCUUCAAAAACAACUGCAAAUUCCUAG